AUGAGGCAUAUGAGCGCCGCUCACGAGGCGAGCCAGGAGAGCAAGGGUGCAUUGAAUGAGCCUGCCGUGGGUGUGGUGGACGCAUGGUGGACAGCGGCUGUCGACACUCAUCAUCCCCCCGAUUUCGUACAUGGCUCAUUUUCUGUCCACCUUGCCGUCUUCUUUUGUUCUCUGUUUCCAUCUCUUUCAUCCAAUUUCUCAUUCAUUCCCUCCGUUGCUUGUUUUUUUGGUGGUCGGAAGAGAGGCAUAUUCCCUAUUUCCUCCACUGAAGGAUCAGAGGUUGAUGGCGACGAAGUGCGAGGGGGGCUGCAAGAGCCAAGGGAGGGUCUGUGGAGAGAGAGCAAGCUGGGACGUCCAGCCAGUCAGAGCACAGACAAGGUGCAGUCUGGCUGA